AUGACGCGACUGAGACACGAGCAACUCAAACACUUUCUAAGCACAAAUCCACCACUAUCACAAGGCCAUAGAACCCACACUCUAUACGAGACCCAAUGCGCACAACACAGCAUCCAGAGGGGCCACAUAUCCUCCUUCUAUAAACAAUUAUGCCGACGAAAGGACGAACUCCUACCUACCUAUACAUCCAAGUGGGAAACAGAGCUGGGGAUACAAAUGCAAACCAAAGAGUGGUAUAAAAUAUUCGCCAAUGUCUUCCGCACAUCCAAAAGCAACAGCACACAUGAGAGCAAUUACAAACGAAUAGCCAGAUGGCACUACACACCAUCCCGCAUCCACAGAUUCUUCCCAAACGCACCAAACACAUGCUGGAG